CAUCCAGCUAGCGCCCAAUUAUUCUGCUGAUCCUCAAAAUUUCGCGUUCGACAUCUCGACUGCUACAACACGCGUUUUUUGCAAUCAGUCAUGGCGAAGAGAAAGAGAGACAACGCCGAUAAGGCUGGGGCCUUGAAGAGCAGGAAGGAGGAUGCUGCAUCGACGCCAAAGCAGGCUGCACGGGUAGAAGUGGCAUAUGUCAAAACUAAGACAGAUGCUGUCAAUGGAGAUGACAAGAGCACAGCACAGGCAGUUUCGACAACCAAAGACGCAGAGGCUGGUGCUGAGACAUCGACUUUCCAAAUCAUCACUGGUUCAUACGAGAGGGUUCUCCACGGCUUCGCAGCAACAAUUCCACGGAGCCUCGUUACUGGACAUGAGGAUGCAACAGCAUCAGAAGCCGACAAGCCAAAGAUCGACUUCACAGAUACGUUUUUGUUCAACGCCCAUGCGUCCGCCGUUCGAUGUCUGGCCCUCUCGCCACUGUCAGAGGAAACAUCAAAAAUCACUCUUGCUACCGGUGCUACGGACGAGCGCAUAAAUCUGUACUCUCUCUCCACUGCUCCUCCGACCAUCUCAAAGAACAGGCUCAAGCUACCCUCCCUAGGUGGCAAUUCCAUUACGGAGAACCCCAAGAACAAAGAGUUGGGAUCACUGUUGCACCACUCUUCCAACAUUACGGCCCUCUACUUCCCAACACGAAGCAAGCUUUUAAGCGCUGCAGAAGACAGCACCAUAGCGAUUACACGAACCCGGGACUGGACCGCACUAUCAACCAUCAAAGCGCCGAUACCAAAACCGCAAGGACGACCCAGUGGAGAUACAGCUGGACCUGGCGAGGUGCCCUCUGGAAUCAACGACUUCGCCGUUCAUCCCAGCAUGAAACUGAUGGUCAGUGUCGGGAAAGGCGAGAAGUGCAUGCGACUAUGGAAUCUCGUGACAGGAAAGAAAGCCGGCGUGCUCAACUUUGGUCGAGAAAUUCUCUCAGCGGUAGGAGAAGGACGAUUCGGGUCAGGAGAAGGCAGAGGUGUGAUCUGGGACAACGAGGGCGAAGAAUUCGCGGUAGCGUUCGAGCGCGGCGUAGUCCUCUUUGGUAUCGACUCCAAACCAAAGGCCAAGAUCCUGCCGACGCCGAAGACGAAAAUCCACCAAAUGCACUACCUUCCGUCCAAGUCGCAUCCGAACACACUGCUGGUUUCCACCGAAGACGGCCGUGUACUCCUGUACGACACAACUACCACUACCACCAGCGAGAACGCAGAAGACGCCAAAGAAGACGACAUCCCCCCCAGCAAAUUGAUCGCCCAGGUCGGUGGCCCAGCAGCGGGGAUAUCAGGCCGUGUUAAGGAUUUCGAGGUCCUUCCCUUCUCCGCGGCAGACACUUCGCUCUUCCUCAUCGUCACCGGAAGCAGUGAUGGGACAGUGCGACUAUGGUCUCUCGACAUCGAAGAACUCAAGGGCGGGGAUGGGGCGGAACAAGAAAAGGGGCUUACUGCGAAGCAGGUUGGGCACUUGCUGGGCACGUAUUCGACGGGCACCAGGAUCACCUGCUUGAAGUCUUUUGCCAUGACUGGUACGCCGGACAAGGAGGAGGAGGAGGAGGUUGAGAUUGAAAAGGACGUCGAGUCCAGUAGUGAUGAAGAGGGUGCAUGAUAUAAGAUGGGAUGAGAUGAGAGAAGAUGCAAAAUAGAUAAUGAUACCACUUGCC